UUUGUGUUCAUUUAUUGAAUGUAUUGAAUUUAUGCUUUAGGGGCUGUGGACUUCUUUGUUGGCUUGGAUGCAGUUGAACUUUAUGCUUCCUGAAAUGUCUCUCAGUAUAAUUUCUUUCUUUCGUAGUAAGCGAUGGUUUGGAGCUGAGGCCAAAGUACAACGGGAUUCUCCACUGUAUGAGCACUGUCUGGAAGCAUGAAGGACUACGAGGCUUGUAUCAAGGGGUAACUCCAAACAUGGUGGGAGCAGGGGCUUCCUGGGGACUUUACUUUUUCUUUUACAAUGCCAUCAAAGCUUACAAGAAGGAAGGGAAGAUGGAAAGUCUCAGCGCAAGCGAACACCUGGUGUCAGCUGCAGAGGCUGGAGCCAUGACUCUCUGCAUUACAAACCCAAUAUGGGUAACCAAGACUCGACUUGUGCUGCAAUAUAACGCUGGCGUGGAUCCAUCCAAGCGGCAAUACAGGGGAAUGUUUGAUGCUCUUAUCAAGAUAUACAAGACAGAGGGCAUACGUGGCUUAUAUAAGGGAUUUGUGCCUGGUCUGUUCGGAACAUCACAUGGAGCACUUCAGUUCAUGGCCUAUGAGGAUUUGAAAGAGAGAUAUAACAAGUACAGAAACAGAGUAUCAGAUACAAAAUUGAACACUGUGGAAUAUAUAAUGAUGGCAGCUGUAUCCAAAAUAUUUGCUGUGGCAGCAACAUAUCCCUAUCAAGUUGUGCGAGCUCGUCUUCAAGACCAGCAUAACACAUAUUCUGGUGUGUUCGAUGUGAUCCGCAGGACAUGGAGGAAAGAAGGUGUUCAUGGAUUUUACAAAGGAAUUAUACCUAAUGUGAUCAGAGUGACUCCUGCCUGCUGUAUUACCUUUGUAGUUUAUGAAAAUGUGUCUGGCUUUUUACUUGGUUUUAGAAAAGAAAAUAAUUAAAAGUAUGAACUUGUGUUCCUAGGAAGGAAUCUCUAUUUUUUAUAUUUAUGAUCUGGGAGAAGUUUAGUUCAACAGUCUUUCUUUGACACUGUGACUUGAUCCAGUAUUUUGAGGAAAGAAUGUGGAGGCAAUAAACCCUGCCAACAUCUCUCCUGUUGAAUGUUCCUGCAUUGCUGCCUUCCUCUCUGAAUCAUCUGUGUCUGCUUGAAGCAGAUGUCCACAACUGUGAAAUAAUAGUGCUGUCAGUGUGUGAAGGCAGCUGCAACAGCAAUUCCAUUCAUCCUGGCCUGCCUGGAAUAACCCACUAAACAGUUUCAACAAGUCUCAACAACAGUUGGUGAGAUUCUGCUCCUGCACAAGUGGAAAACUUCAUACAAAAGCAACCCUGGGCCUGUCAAAACUUCCUUAAAUCUCUGAGUCUCAUUAAAACAAGGAAUGUCAUUGGA